GUUCUAUUCAGUCUGGCUGCGACCGUCAUAACGCGCGCAUCGUCGAAACUUUGAAUAUACUUUCCUUUUCGAUGUUUCAUUAUUUCUUUAUCACAUUGUCUCGAUACUGGUCGAAUGUGGGAAAGACGUUAUAAACCAAGAUCCGGAGCUAUUAAUCUUGUGUGAAAUAUGAAAAAUUAUUAAUGAUGAUAAAAUAAAGAAAUAAAUUAAAAAGAUAAUUGAAUUAAUAUAAAAAACAAAACAAAAAAUUUAUUGCGCGACCAGGAACCACGUUCCUUCGGAAUACAACAAAUAAAAGGGAGCUAAUUUACUUCCUGAGUGUUUAUUAUUAUUGCGAUCGAAUAUUCGACGAGUUUGGUUUAUUUUUAUCCCUAAUAUGGAAUAAAGUAACCGAGGAAACAAGGAUCAAGUUUGUGCGACUCGAAAGAAAUCGGUGCUUAAAUAUUCAUCGCGAUAGCCACCGUGCGACGUGCUAGAGAGUUCAACGAUUUCGUGGCGAAUGAAUACCGUAGAAUCACGCGUCAAGGGGUAGUGGAAAGACGCGGGUUUAAAUUUAUUGAGAAUUUAUCAAAAUUUCAUCCUCAAAAAGCCGGAAGGCUUGAAUCUCUGUGACCGGGAAAAGGGGAAGAGAAUCUGCCGGUAAAAAUAAAAAGAGGCGAUUCGCAAGUGAGAAUUGAUCAGAGGAAAAGCGAAAGGGAAUAAAAUCGGUUCAAUCUCGUGCUAGGGAAGGGAGAUAGAGAUAAAUUGUGCUGCAGGGAGGUUUGUUUGUUAAGUGCGAGUAUGGGUUCACCCUGAAUCCUCCUCACAUAGGGGCGGGUUUGUUUAACGGCGUAAUCCCGACGCGACGAGGAAAGUGAGCGAAGAGAGAUAGAGAAAGAAGACAUGGAUUCCAGAUGGACGAUGAUGACGCGGCGUGGCUUGUAGGGAUCGGUUAAGGCCGAAAGGAUCGUGCGGCAUUUAAAAUCGAUAGAAGAAUCGAUCGUUUCUAACGACGAGGUGGUGGACGUCAGCGUCACGCUUGGCGAAGGCGGUGGAGGAGGAGGAGGCGGAGGAGGGGUGGAGAGGCCCGAAAGGAGGGGCGGUGGAGAGGCCUCAAAGAGGCUAAGAAUUUCGUGAAUGUCUCUAAAGUAUACUCCAAAAUUGAAGCUUCGUGAGAGACUCGAGAAAGAAAUAAUGAACGAGCCUAAAUAAAAAGAAAAAAAAUAAAAUAAAGAUAUUUUGUUGGAAAGUAACUCAUGCGAAAAGAACGAUUGAACUGAUAAAGUAUUUCUUCCACAGUCUUCCUUUAUCGUUGUUCAAUAAACGUAUGAAACUAUAGCCGUGCUAUAACCAGGAAAUAAUUCAUUUAAAAUAUUAGAUAAAAAAAAGUAUUGACGUUGAAAAAAAUGGAGUCCGAAAAGAAAUGGCCACCAGGCACGAAUCUCGGCAUGCCAACAAAGAAAUCUCAGGCUAUGAGCAUCUCGAAUUUCGCGAUGCUCGUUAUGUGCGUUACGAGCAUUGCGAUAUCCUGUAUCCUCGCAUACCGCGAACUUAGACUCGAGGCGAGAAUCGCGAAUCUCGAGUCCCGCUGUCAGAAUGCCGAGACCAAUAUGGAUCUCAAAGUGACCGCGAUUCGUCGAGAUAUCGACGAAAUUAUCGCUCACGAACAGCGUGCGGCGGCAGCCAAUCAGCAACGAGACAGCAGUCAAUUUUUUAGGAACAAAAGGGAAAUUCCCGAGUGCAACUGUCCAGCUGGUCAAAAGGGUGAGCCAGGUCCACCUGGUAAACGUGGCAAAAAAGGCAAAAAAGGUGAUCCAGGCGAGCCAGGGACACCCGGAGUUGCCGGGACCGCGGGAAGGAAUGGUUUUCCGGGACCAAUCGGGCUCGAUGGACCAAAGGGAGAUCCGGGGAAACCUGGCGAAAAAGGACAGAAGGGCGAGCUCGGCAGUCCGGGCUUCGAUGUUUUCUCUGCAGUCAAGGUCAAUGCACAGGGAUUGGGGUUAAAGAGAUCGGUGACGACGCUCCGGGGUGGAACUCUUGGCUACGCGGAGAUCGUCGCAUUAAAGGGUGAACCUGGAGAACCUGGACCACCAGGACCACCGGGUCCUCAAGGCACUGAGGGCAAUCCAGGACAAGAUGGUCGGCAAGGGAUCCCUGGCGACACCGGACCUCCGGGCGAAAAAGGAGCUCCGGGGCCCAUCGGACCCAUCGGUCCGAUAGGACCAGUAGGAACAUCGGGUACCAAGGGCAGACCAGGGGAUUAUGGACCACCAGGUUUUCCAGGCCUGCCAGGUCAUCAGGGCAUACCAGGGACGCCUGGCAGAAACGGGACUCGAGGUCCUCCAGGUCGAAGAGGCGAGAAAGGCGAUAAGGGUGAGCGAGGCUUGACGACGACUUUGAAUGGUGAACAAAUCCCAGCGGGCGCUUUCGAGGGUCAACCGGGUCCUCCAGGCCCACCUGGGCGCCAGGGUGAUAAAGGUGAUCCAGGUCCUACGGGACCACCCGGACCGCCCGGUGACAAGGGUAUCCGGGGAAAACACGGGAAGAGGGGUUUCAAGGGAGUUUCCGGAGCAGCUGUUGCGAGAGGUCUCCCCGGGUAUCCGGGUCCGAAGGGUGAACCCGGUGAGCAAGGUCCACAGGGCGAAAAAGGCGCGAAUGGCGAGGCGAGUCCACCAGGUCCCAAAGGAGAUCUCGGACUUCAAGGACCCCCCGGUCUCGAUGGGCUUAACGGUGAGCCUGGUAUCCAAGGACCUCCAGGAUUACCUGGUCUCUCUGGACCGAAGGGAGAGAAAGGCGAAUACGGAGAUAUUGGACCUCCCGGUCUCAUGGGUCCUCCUGGCUUACCAGGUCCUCCGGGAUCACCGGGCAUGAAAGGAGAGAAAGGAGAAAAGGGCGAAUCUAAGUACAAAAAGUUACGACGAAGACAGGGUGAUGGAACUUUCGAGGUGAAUGCAGGUGAAGUGAUCAUGGGACCGCCUGGACCUCCCGGUCCUUCGGGUAUUCCGGGUCUCCAAGGUCCUCCUGGAAUUAAAGGCGACAGGGGACACGACGGAACGAAAGGAGAUCCCGGUGAAAAGGGUUCGAAAGGAGAUCCAGGCCCCAUGGGACUACCGGGGCCCAUGGGACUCAGAGGCGAGUCCGGGAAGCCCGGGGACGCCGGUAAACCUGGCGCGAUGGUUGGCACGUGGUCAUCCGACUAACAACUAACACGGGGGGAGAGAGAUAGGUACAGCAAAGAGAUAACCCGACAAUAACCGUUCGAGUUCGAAAAAUCAUCUGGGGGAUUCUCGAUGACACGAUACCCGGAUAAUAAAAACAAAAUAUACAAAACAAAACAAAAAAUCAAAUAAAACACCGCACGCCGGAUAAUCGAACGACGAUAAAUCAAAUGCGAUUAAAAUAUGUGACAAAAAAGCGUGAGCCCCUACGAAGAGUGUAAGGAACGAGGAAGAGAGAAAAAGCGAGAGAGAGAGAGAGAGAGAGAGAAAAAGGAAGAAAAAGACGAAAAAACAAACGAAACGAAACAAAGAAGCAAGAGACUAAAAAGCUCGUUAGUUCGCGCCGUCUCUACGAAUAAAUAAGAGAGCGAGGACUCUCUGAACACCAACGAACAAUAAUACCCAUAUAUUGUCUGGAUAAUUCUGUUUUUUGUCGCGUCUCUCCCGAUGGACUCUCCGAGCUCUUCCGGUUAUAUACACACGCGCACACACAAACAAAUGCAUACACGUUUGUGUGUAUUUGUAUGUAUAUAAAUAUACAUAUAUAAAUAUACGUAUAUAAAAUAUAUUCUGCUAUAAUCGCGUUGAAAAGGGAGUGAGGCAGAAGAUAAAAAAGAGUAAAAAUCCGUACGAAGAAAGCUGCGAAUUUCUACCGAAGAGAGGAAGAGGAGGAGGAGGAGGAGGAGGAGGAGGAGGAGGAGGAGAGAAAAAAAAUGGCCCGACAAUUUUCUGAUUUGUACAUAAUAAUAUGCGAACGCUAUCCUCUGUAUAGAUAAGCUUCGCGCGGGCUGGCAAGUUCUGGCCGUUGGGAAAAACGCGACGAGAAAACUCGAGAGAACGUUCCGAGGAAAAAAAAAGAGGAACAAGGUAGAAAUAUAUACUGGAUAACGGACGAGAUUCAGUACCAGAGUUUUUUCUCCUUGGAGAAGUUCUCGUGCUCUCUUGGUUUACGAGCAAAAUUCACCACCACCACCCCCCCCCCCCCUUCCCCCGUCACAUCGACCGAGAGUGAGAGAGAGAAUGAGAGGGCCAAUGUUAUGUACAGGAGCAGGGCACCUCGAACGAACGUACGCGAAAACGUUAAUUUAACGAGACAACUUUUGCCGUGUGGCUUUUGCUACCUACAAACGAGAAAGAGAGAGAGAGAGAGAGAGAGAGAGAGAGAGAGAGCCGUCCCCUUAACCCCACAAUGGCUCGUUGCCAGGCCACGGGGAAAAGGACUAAUCCUCUGGGCCAAAGUAAUAUGCUCUUCGAAUCUCCAAGAUAUGGCCUACCAUCGCUUCUUAUCGUUAUUACGUCUUAGGCGAAAUAGGAGCGCGCACGAGUCGUCGAUGUACGAAAAUUGAGGCCGAAAAAAAGAUAAAAAAUGUGUAGAAGGAUAGCAAAACGAAAGCAAACCGUCCGAGCGGCGAGGAACAUCCGUAAUCGUACAUUUCGUAACCGACAGGUGGCACAAGUGCGUCCAACCAAAUAUAUAAAUAUACACGAUUGUCAGAACGGUUAAUUCACAGAUUUACGAUUGAAGAUCCACCCGGCGCUAGUCAAACGAGUACUUCAUUUACACAGUUUUUUAUUUCGGUCGAAUCCAAUGCUGCCGAUUUUGAACUCGCCUUUAUACGUUCAUCUUUAACGUUAUUUAUUUCCAACUAGUGUCUCCUUAAUGUAACAUUUUUUCAACGUGUGUUGUAUAUUUCUUUAGCUCCUCGCUAGUAGAACCAACGUUUUUUUCAUAGCUCUUAAGGUUAUGCUCGUUUCGUGCAUCGAGAAGUAAAUUAGGGAUAAGCGACAGUGGCGCUCGCAGUGACGAACCUUUGUACAAACGGCUUCGCUCAGUUUUCACAAAAUUUCUAGGAAAUUGAAUGAAAUUUUCAUAAGCUCACACAUUAUCUUGUUUCAAAUCGACAAAAUGCAUCGUCUCGCGUGAUCUUUUCAAGAUUUUAAUAAAAUUUUGUAGCUGGUGCCUUAUUUUUGAAGAUUUAGAUUUUCGAAGAAAACAAAAACUUUUAUUGAAUCUCAUUGAGCAUUAUUAGUUCUCGAUAAUGUAAAGCUCGUCGAUUAUUGUUCACCAUCCAAUUUCCCGAUUUUUUAACCUCUUGCGACAGUCGUUAGCUGAUAAUUUUAUAAUUUCCCAAUAACACGAGUAAUAAUACGAUUCUUUAUCUUUCAAAUCUGCAUCUAUCUAUUUAAUAGUAAAUUUAAUUUAUUUAUUUAUCAUUUAAAAAAGCGUGUCGAUCACUUAUUUUUUUAUCCAUUAAUUUAACUGCGUAAAAAAAAGAAUCGUUUGCAGCGCAAUUCAUUUAUUUCGUAUUGUAACAAUAAUGAAAAGAGAGUAAAAAUUCCUAACGAACGAAUAUGUGAGUUGAGUAGAAAGUUCACCGCUCGUUUGACUAGUGCGUAAAUAAAAGCCUCAACUUUUGAGACUCGCGUGUGCCAAUCAGGGAUUUCUCAGAUCUCGGCUGAUUAGUUGUAAUUAAGUACGAAAUAAUAAAAACAAAAUAAUAAUAAUAAUAAUAAUGAUAAAGAGAAGCAUGAGGGAGACGAAAGAUUUCCGAGAUACUCGUGUUAUACGCGAUGGCAAUUAGUCUUGGCUUUGCGCGACUAUAAUUGCAAUUACGUUAGUUAUUUUUUUUAUAUACAUAUAUACAUAUAUAUAUAUAUAUAUUAUAUAUAUAAACAUAAAUAAUUAUAUACAUAUAAAAACUUAAUGAUAAAUAUAAAUACGAAUAUAUAAAUAUAAUUAUGCAUAUAAAUAUAAAUUUAUGAUAGUGUGGUGUACGAUGGUGAAGCGAGGCGCAGGGUCAGCAGAGAAAAAUGACUCAAUAACCUCUGUAAAAUCAUGUAAAUCGAUAUGUCAAAGACGAGAGAUGAGUCUUCUCGAGACCGGAUGUCUUCGUAUGUCAUACACACCCACAUAUAAAAAUACAAACACAAACACAAACACACACACACACACACACACACACACACACACACACGUGCACACGGACACACAGAAGAAGCUUGCGCUCAAAUUUGUAACAUACAGAAAUUAACGUAAUGUUAUUCAACUGCAUUAUCUCUACGUAGGCUUAAUCUUCAAUUUAAGAUGACGAAGCGCAAGGGGUAAUAAAUGGGGAGGAUAAAAAUGGGAGACGCUAAUUGGAGGAAGAGCUACGGGAAGAAAAACAAAAUUAAUUAAGGAAACACCCGUCGAGCGGCGCUAGUCCACAACGCGGCUGGUUACUCGAAUUUAUUUUAAGAAUAAUUAAUAUAUUUGUUAAUGGAGUGGGCGUAAUAUCGUGUGACGAAGCGAGAGCGCGAAAGAGAGAGAGAGAGAGAGAGAGAGAGAGAGAGAGAGAGAGAGUGUGUGUGUGUGUGUGGGAGAGAAAGUUAGUGAUGAUAAAUAUCCAUGACAUACGAAAUUACUAACGAAACAAAAAUGAACGAAAAAAAUACUGUUUCAUUAUGUCCUGAUUAAUAAACAGAAUGUGCAUGUGUGCCUGUC